AUGGAAACAGUUGUGUUGGUCACAGGAGGCACUGGCUUGGUGGGGAACGGCAUCCGGUUAGCUCUGGAAAGCAUUAAUGAUUCCCUCAAGAGAGACGGUGAAAAGUGGAUAUUUUUGUCGUCUAAAGAUGUCAACCUCGAAGAUAGUAAUGCUACUCGCGCAUAUUUCGAACUUAUUCGACCAACUUAUGUGAUACAUUUAGCCGCUAAAGUCGGUGGUUUGUUUGCCAAUAUGUCCGGCAACCUUGAGUUUUUCCGACAAAACAUGCAUAUUAAUGAUAAUGUUUUAUCAAGUAGUCAUGCAGUUGGCGUUAAAAAGGUUAUAUCUUGUCUUUCAACUGGACCACCUCACGAUUCUAAUUAUGGUUAUUCGUACGCCAAACGUAUGAUUGAUGUAAUGAAUAGAGGUUAUAGACAUGUUCUCCCUGGUCUUAUCCAUAAAGCUUACUUAGCUAAAAAAAAUAAUGAACCGUUAACUGUUUGGGGUUCAGGCGCCCCGUUGCGUCAAUUUAUCUAUUCGAUCGACCUGGGUCAUCUGAUUGUAUGGGUAUUACGGGAAUACAAUGAUCCUUCUCCAAUCAUAUUGUCUGUUCCAGAAAAAGAUGAAAUUUCUAUUCGUCAGGCAGCCGAAACAGUAGCCAAGGCAAUGGAUUGUACUAAUCUUGUUUUCGAUACUUCCAAAGCCGAUGGACAGUUCAAGAAAACUGCCAAUGCAUCAAAACUUCGCCAACUUUAUCCUGGUUUUAAAUUCACUCCUUUUGAACAAGUACCUAUGAAUUUCCGACGUGCUAUUUUUAUACACUCUUUACAGAAACGAAUUAAAAGUUCUCAUAUGUAUUCGUCAUCAACAUAG